AUGACAGCCGCAGACUUCUCUCAUCACUUCACCGAGAAGAACAUUCCUUUUGGAAUAGCUUCUUCUCAGUCUCAUAAGAACCCCCAAGCUGUUACUAGGCUUGGGAAUACGGUGAUAUUUCUGAAUGAUCUUAUCGACCAAUUAUUCAAGGAUGUCGAUGGCUGCCCUCGAGGUGUUCUUAACGAACAAACUUUGAACUCUUUUGCUGCUCUUCCUAAGACCGUGCAUCAACAUGUACGAAAGCAAAUCCAGCAAGUUUAUCAACAAAAUGCUCUCAAUGGCUUUCCUUCAGGCAGCAAAGAAGACAUACAUGCUGUGACAAUGCAUUUGCCAGUGGAAAUCAAAGACUUUGCAGACUUCUCCUGCUCCCUUGACCACGUCAUAAACGCAGGCCGUAUAGUAGUCAACAACGGAACGCCGCCACCCGGCUUCUUCAAGUUUCCAGUUGGAUAUCAAGGCCGAACAGGCUCUAUCGUCGUUUCAGGAACGGAAAUUGAACGUCCUUAUGGACAGUUCAAGAACCCUGCUGCAACCGAAACUGAUGAUCCAAUUAUUUAUGCACCGUCUCAGAAGGUCGAUUAUGAAGUUGAGCUUGCAGCAGUGGUUGGAAAACCGUUGGCUAUGAAGCAGAGACUUCAUGCGAAGGAUGCUGAGGACCAUAUCUUUGGUUUUGUCAUUCUUAAUGAUUGGAGUGCCCGUGAUAUUCAAGGGUUUGAAAUGUUCCCUCUCGGCCCUUUCAACGGCAAAAGUCUAGGAACUUCUAUCUCUCCCUGGAUUAUCACCCUCGAUGCUCUAGAGCCUUUCAGAACGAAGGCCCAAGAGCAGAAGGCUAUAUCAGCCUCAUACCUCCAGCAUCCCAACCCCUCAACCUUCUCCAUCACCUUGAAAGUUGACGUCCUGGCAAACAGCACCGCCACAACACUUGGAGUCUGUCCAGUCGAAUCUCUGUACUGGACCCCUCAGCAAAUGGUCGCGCAUUCAGUCAGUUCGGGCAGUGCGCUGCGAACAGGAGAUCUUCUGGCUACAGGUACUGUUUCUGGUUCUGAGGAAACAAGUCGGGGUUGUAUGCUCGAAUCUACAGAGGGCGGUAGUAAACCGGUGACUUUGAGUGAUGGGUCGAAGAGGGGAUUUCUUGAGGAUGGUGAUGUUGUGAGGAUAACGGGAUCUGUUGGUGGGGAUGGUUCAGGUGUUGGAUUUGGUGAAUGUAUUGGUCAGCUCACUCCUGCUCGACCUUAUUGA